AUGCAAUCCUACCAUCGGGAAACGGUUCGUACUGACCCGACUGGCGCCGACAGCUUCUACUGCUAUGGUUCCAACAAGUCACCCAUGGAGAUGACCAUUAAUGAGAUGGUCGAGUGGAGUGCGCACGCCCAGACCCCCGUUCUCUUCAACCGCCACGAACCCUACGAAGUCAACUCCACCUCCAUCACCGAUCUCGACCUGAAUCCCAUCAAGUCCACCUCCAAGGCCGUCCUAAACCGCGAACGUGUACUCAUCCUGACUCCUCUCCGAGAUGCUGCUCCUUAUCUGGCCAAAUACUUCGAUCUCCUCUACAAACUGUCUUACCCCCAUGAGUUGAUCGAUUUGGCCUUCCUCGUUGGUGACUGCAAAGACGACACCCUUGCCAACCUCGCUUCCGAACUCGACCGCAUCCAGAACCAUGUUGAGGAAAAAGUUCGCUUCCGCAGUGCAACAGUCAUUCAGAAGAAUUUCGGUGCCGACAUUGAGAUGACAGUGGCAGAGCGACACUCGUUCGCCGCGCAGGGUCCACGGCGCAAGGCUAUCGCACGUGCCCGGAACUACCUGCUCUACUCCGCUCUGAAGGCAGAUCACUCCUGGGUAUACUGGCGUGACGUGGACAUCACCGACUGUCCCGAGCGUAUCCUGGAGGACUUCAUGGCCCAUGACAAGGACAUCCUCGUGCCAAACAUUUGGUUCCACCGUUACAACCAGGAUGGCCAUGAUAUUGAGGGUCGCUUUGACUACAACUCAUGGAUCGAAUCCGACAAGGGCCGCCGCCUGCGCGCGACUCUGCCUACCGACACCGUUCUGGCCGAAGGCUACAAAGAGUACGACACCGGCCGUACCUAUAUGGUCAGCAUGGGCGACUGGAGAAACAACAAGGAUGACGAGGUAGAGCUUGACGGAAUUGGUGGUGUCAACAUCCUCGUCAAGGCUGAUGUGCACCGCUCCGGUAUCAACUUCCCCGCAUACGCUUUCGAAAACCAAGCCGAGACUGAAGGUUUCGCCCGCAUGGCCAAACGAGCUGGCUACCAGGUGGUUGGGCUGCCCAACUACGUGGUCUGGCACAUUGAUACCGACGAAAAGCCCGGCAACCUUGGAGACCGUAAAGCGUUCUAG